AUGAUUUGUACAGCGGCACCUGGUGUGCUCUUCUUUGCCCAAGCAGUCGAUUUGGCCACAAAAUGCGUGUUUGGCGCGCACUCCGGCACGCCACUCGAUGACACGGAUCCAAGGAUCGCCUAUUCACCACAGAAGUUGGAUUCUAGUGGGAGUCAGCUUGACGGCUGGGUGCCGAGUCCAGCAUCCGGUGCGAACUACUUAGAAACAGUAACACAAUCAGGGCUUAAUGGUUCUACGUUGGCAUACACUUUCGAAGGAAUUUCCAUAGCUGCCUAUGCCUCAAUAAAUGGUUCAAACGUCAACACGAACAUAACUUACUCCCUGGACAACGGCACCGCUGUACCCUACACUAUCAAGUCUGGGACUGCGGGCGUGACAUUGUCUCAUCAAGAGAUUUUCGCGCUUGGCCCGCUAGCAGAUGGCAAUCACACCGUCGAAAUCACCAUUCUGACGCAGACAAUCGCUUCCGAUUUCCAUUUCGACUACUUCCUCGUGCAAGCGAGUGCCAAUACAUCGAUUGAGAAUUCCCCCACGUCUCAGCUCUUCAUCGACGACACCAGCACCUUUUUAGUCUAUUCCCCGAUAGCCGAUUGGACCAAUACCACUCCCAACUUGGUUCCGAACUGGCCGCAAAGCGAUAUCGUGAACAAUGGCACCUCCACGCGAGCCUUAAAGGCAGGCGCAAACGUCUCCUUCACUUUCAUAGGACGGGGACUCGAUGUAUAUGGAAUAGCCAUCAAUGGUACGGCUCCUGCUGCCACCUACACAAUAGACGGAGAUACUCCAAAUGAUGUCCGUGUACCGCUGCAUCCUGGGGUGUGGCCAAAUUUUGUCUUCAUCAGCGAAACCUUUCCGCUCAACGGAGAUGAACAGCAACAUAUCCUCGAAAUCACCGCUAGUUCGGACGAGUUUUGCCUUGACUACAUCACAGUCGAGUCAUCCAAGUCGUACAUACCCUCCCUUGGUAAUGCCGCCGAGUCGAGUAGCUCCACAUCCAGCAGCGCGGGUGCCAGUACGAGCACUGCGAAUGCUACGGGCCCACACAAAUCGGAUGCCGCGGCGAUUGCAGGAUCGGUGGUGCCCACCACUCUCAUAAUCGCUCUAGUCGUAUUGUAUCUGUUCAUUCGACUAAGGAGGUCUGCCAGACGCCGACAGACAGGGUCACGAGACUCAAUCGACUCCAUGUCACUCACCCAAGGAACGCUAGUGCAUGAAAUGAACGAAGCAGAAACCAUCACGCCUUUCAUAGUGCCUCCGGCAUCCACCUCUCAUAAUUCCAAGGGCACCGGAUCUGCUCGAAAUCUGCCUAGUGCAGUGCCACAGCGUACUUCGAGCCCACCAGCACCUCCACCGGUAGAGGUUUUGGGGGACAGUGUAGUAGAUAUAUCUCCCUUCGAUGACGGUAGCGAACCGUCUGUACCUCCGCCUAGUUAUACUAGUACUGCCCCUUCACCUGCAUGA